ACUCAUUCUGCGCAUCAUUCAGUUCUUCAUCUCAGUUUAACCCUACAAUUACAUUACUGUAACUCAGUACGAAUAUAAAUCAUAAAAUAUAGAAACGAGAGGCAGAAAGUACAGGAUUAAUACGUCACCCAUAGAGAAAGUUUAAAACCCUCCCAGAGCACCUGAACAGCCCCCUCCUAAAACAACAUCAGAGCACAGAAGAGCCACAUCAGACUCCUGUCGAAGAAAGAGCAGCAUUUUCUUUGCAAUUUUUCUUUGGUUUUGUGUGUAUUAUGGAGAGUUGUGUUUGUGUGCUUCUGCUGUUUGUGUGUGUUUGUGUCCCGACACUUUUAAACGCAGAAUCUCGAGAAGCUCCUCGCGCGCAACAGGCAGGUGCGCUGCGAGCGCGGACGCGAUGGACGAAUAACGGACGCGUUUAUCAGCUGCUCAGUGCCGGAUCUGAGUACGCGCCACCGCGCCGAAUAGAAACUAACCGCAGAGCGCCAGCAGUCGUUCAGAACACGAGCUCUCCAAACGCAUUGAGCGCAGAAGACAUAAUGAUCGGCGAUGACCCGUAUGAUCCUUACAAAUCCUUCCGGAACAGUCCAUAUAAUCCCUACUACAAUUACUAUGACUCCUACUACAGGCAGAGAAGCGCACAGAGACAUCACGGCUAUGGAACCAGAUAUUUCCAAAAUGGGCUUCCAGAUCUCGUGAUGGACCCUUAUAUGAUCCAGGUGUCCACGUAUGUCCAGAGGGUUUCCAUGUACAGUCUCAGAUGUGCAGCAGAGGAAAAAUGCCUGGCGAGUUCGGCUGCUCACGCGCGUGACUAUGACACCAGAGUUUUACUGCGCUUUCCACAGCGUGUGAAGAAUCAGGGCACUGCAGAUUUCCUGCCCAACAGGCCACGACACGCGUGGGAAUGGCACAGCUGUCACCAACAUUAUCACAGUAUGAAUGAGUUCUGCCAUUACGACCUGCUGGAUUCAAACACACAGAAAAAAGUUGCAGAAGGUCAUAAAGCCAGUUUCUGUCUGGAGGACACCAGCUGUGACCCGGGAUACUACAGACGGUACGCCUGCACGUCCCAUACACAGGGUUUGAGUCCUGGAUGUUAUGACAUUUACAGCGCAGACAUCGACUGCCAGUGGAUUGAUAUUACAGAUGUUCAGCCUGGGGAAUACAUUCUCAAGAUUACUGUUAAUCCAGGUUACCAGAUAUCAGAAUCAGACUUCAGCAAUAAUAUUGUUCGCUGUGACGUCCACUACACUGGUAACUAUGCUCACGUGUCUGGAUGCAUCACGUCUGCACAUUAAGUGAACAGGUGCAGAGGAUGGACAUAUAGCCUCAUCUGGCUCAUGAUGAUGACAUCAACAUCAGUUCAAUCCAUUAUCUGUAUAUCAGCUGUCAAUGUAAAAUCACUGCAUGUGACAACGUCAACUUUGAACUUUUGUGCAUCUAAUUGUUUAGAUUCACAUACCUGUAAUGUAAUGUUGUCUUUAUUUAAGACAAUCUAGCUGUAGUCAGAAUGUUUAUAUUUUUGAAAUCGCCGUAGAUGUUUUACACUCAAUAGUUAUUUUCUUACAGUUUUUUUUUAAGGAUUUCAUAAGCUCAAUUUUAAAAACAAGACUCAUUUUGUCAAUGUUCACACAUCCACACAUACACACAUAAGUAGAAGAAGACCUCAGAUCUUUUGCAAAUCAAAACACUUCAUUCAAAAUAUUACAAAAAUGUAAUAAAACCAUAUUUUGGCACCAUAUGGCACACACAUGAUUCAUACAAUCUACACACUGCGCUGCUCAAUCUUACAGUUUUUGUCAGUUGUUAUAAAACUAAUAAAAAAGAACAAAUAAAAUCCAUUCUCCACAUUACUGAAUCAACAUGUGUAGUUGUUCAUGAUGGUAAAUUACAGUGACGUUCUAGUCUGAACAUUUGGCCACAAAUUCUCAUUACCAUCACAUAUGAUGUCGUCUCUGACAAUGCAUCUUCUCUGAACGCCUCUUCUUUCACCCAUAUUUGCCAUCAAAUUCAGUUUCAAACGAUCCCCUUUUACUAAAUCAUGGUAAUGAGAUAAAGGCAGAACAUCUGAGGGGAAUUUCAGCUGAAAUUGCAAUAAGCUUGUAAUGAUUAUUUUUCUUUAUUUUCAGUGGUAAAAUUAAGAAUAUUUUAAAAUAAUUCCUGCAUAAAUGCUUGAAAUUUGCCAUCAUUUUGUUUUGAAUGUGUUUUGAAUGCAGUGUGUUAGCAUUAG